AUGUUCCAUAGUCUCACCCCGUCUCCCAGCUCCUCAUCCGAUCCGCUUGUCUCCCACGGACGCCACUUUGGUCGAACGGUCUUCGCGCUCUGCAAUUACCCUUCCUUGCUCACCAACGGUAUCUUGAGACUAGAACAACUGGAAGAUACCCCGUUGGAGGAUAUCUCUGCUGAAGAGCGGCGGGAACAUCGCGUCUUUGAGCAACUUCUAGACUCUUAUCCCGGCCUCCUUGAGCGGCUAAAAGAUGGUUCUGAGGAGGAAAUCCUUCAUGUUGGAGAGCUGAUUGGCAAAGGAGCCGCAGGCGCCAGAGGCGACGACACAAAGACGUUGAAGUCUGCGGUGCUUGAUUGGAUCUCCCCCAGGGGAGAAGCAAUACAGCCUCCGUUACACAGAAACUCCAAGAUCGACCGCGGUUUCAACCACGAACUCACCGGAUCUCUCCUCUGUCCUGCUGGGUUAGACUGGACUGACCCUCGGAUGAAAGAGAACCUCCGAAGUGGCGAAAUGCUGGUCUGCGGGGACCAAUGGCCGAUUUUUUUGUAUGCUAACCAUGUUUAUGACCCCGAAGACCCGUGGUGCGGUCUUCUAAGGAGCCGCUUGCUAAUAUAUGCCUACAAACAUGUUUUCACGUCCCCGAGUUCGGUUGACAGAGAGCCGAAAGCCACGCGGUCCGGGAACGCUCGCCUCCAUGGCAUGAAUUCGGUCACCAUCGCUUCCCUGGCUUAUAUCGCAACUCAGGUGCGGUUCGCUCUAAGCUCGUCCUCGGUGUUCUCGCGGACCGAUACAACCACAGACUCAGAAACGUUUUACCAUAGCCUCCUCGACCUCUUGGAAGACCCGGAGGAAUGUAAGGAGGUUGAUGAGCUUCUGAUUUGGUGGAACCGCCAAGUUUUUCCCGCCUCCUCUGCUUCCAAGAGACCUAUCAGUGCUAACAGCGCCUUAUCCAAGAUCCGACAACGACGCUUUGCCCUCAAACAAGCUACAAAUUCCGAUGUCGUCUUAUCAUAG